AUGGUUAAUAAUGAUGGCUUUAAUACUGAAAUAUUACAGCUACGUAAUUCAACUAAUACAUUUAUUGUCAACACUGGUCUUAAUGAUAUGUCUUGUUACAUUUUUGGCGUACGUGCAUACACUGAUAAUGGAAAUGGUGAAUGGACAGUUGUUUCUAAUGAGACACUAAAACUAAAAUUAUCAUCUAACUGUGCUACAUCAGACAGUGUCAUUGCUCUUAGUGUGUUAGUGGGUAUAUUGUGUGGUCUACUAACUGUUAAUGUUGUUGUUCAUAUCUACUGCUUUUUAAGAAAGAAAAGUCCGUCUACUUUUAAUAAGCAAACAAAAGCUGAUGAUGAUAUUGCAAUGCAAGUAUGUGAACCAUAUGAAAUUCACAAGACUAAACAAAGUAAAGAGAAUGAAGGAGCCUAUGAUGAAUGUCAAACAACACUUGAUGAUGUUUAUGCUGUCGAAAUUGCUGUUGGGGUGACUUAA